UAGUCUGCACUCGGCACCCGUCGCAGUAGCACGUUCGCCGUCGCCGUGGUUCGUUUAAGAUUUUGGCGUGCUCGCGCGCACACUCGGAACGUUCACUUCAGGGCGGAAUAGCUUUAACGUAAAUUGCAAAAUAUUCUUAUCAGUUUUACUGUUUCUCGAAGAUUUUACAUUGGAAAACCAUUGAUAACAUAUUUCAUUUCACUUCGAAAACACAUAGUUCUCGACGUACCCUUCAAUUUUUCAUUAAAUCAAAAAAACGUACAGAUUUAACGCGUGUUUGUGUGCAUGUGUUCUUUUAAGUGGUAAGGGCUUCAAUCGACUACCGCUAUUUGCUAAUGGUGUUGUUAGGUACGGUUAUAGUCGUGUUGAUUGUUGGAAAAUUUUAUUUUUGUUGUUCAAACGAACCCCUCUAAUCAGAUAACUUAGGUGAUAAGCGUCCGAACGAAAUGAAAAGAAACGUAAAGCUAAUAUUGAUUUUCCUGACGUCGUGGAUGUUUGUGGUGUUUUAUUUCGUACAGUCCGGCGAAAGAGAUCCAAAGUUAGAAGAGAACAGAGCGUUACGGUUGAAAAGUGAUGAUCGUUCCGCUUUGACGUUUUUCGAUGAUCAGUUAACCAGCAGCAAACGGAUUGAGAGUUCGCCACCAAGUUCUCUGACCAAUGGUCAGGACUUUUUUACGGCAGGUUCGACGUUGAGCAGUUAUUUGGAUGAAGCUGCAUAUGUAGCUGGUGGUCGAUUGAGACAAGGAGAAGAUCCAUAUGCCAGGAACAAAUUCAAUCAACUGGCAAGUGAUAGUUUGAGGAGUAACCGGCCUGUUCCGGAUACUAGAAACAGCAAAUGUAUCGAUAAAAAGUACCGUACGAUUUUGCCUGAGACUAGUGUGAUAAUAACAUUUCAUAAUGAAGCAAGAUCUGCCCUUUUGAGAACUGUUGUCAGUGUUUUAAACAGAAGUCCAGAACAUUUAAUCAAAGAAAUUAUUUUGGUUGAUGAUUUUAGUGAGGACCCAACUGAUGGUGAGGAGCUUGCGAAGAUACAAAAAGUAAAACUUAUUCGGAAUAAUAAAAGAGAAGGACUGAUGAGAUCCAGAGUUCGAGGUGCAGAUAAGGCAACUGCUCCAGUAUUAACCUUUUUAGACAGCCAUGUCGAGUGCAAUGUAAAUUGGCUUGAACCGCUAUUGGAUAGGGUAGCAGAGGAUCCUACCAGAGUAGUGUGUCCUAUUAUUGACGUUAUCAAUAUGGAUAAUUUUCAAUAUAUAGGCGCAUCUUCAGAACUAAGAGGUGGGUUCGACUGGAAUUUGGUAUUUAAAUGGGAGUAUUUAUCAAAAGAUGUGAGAGCUCAAAGACAAAGAGAUCCUACGCUUCCAAUAAGAACUCCUAUGAUAGCCGGUGGAUUAUUUGUUAUGGAUAGAAAUUAUUUUAUCAAAUUAGGAAAGUAUGACGUAGAAAUGGAUAUUUGGGGAGGUGAAAAUUUAGAAAUAUCAUUCAGAGUGUGGCAAUGCGGUGGCAGUUUGGAAAUCAUACCUUGUUCGCGGGUCGGACAUGUAUUCCGAAAACGGCAUCCGUAUACGUUUCCCGGUGGCAGCGGCAAUGUGUUUGCCCACAACACCCGAAGAGCUGCCGAGGUUUGGAUGGACGAGUAUAAACAGUAUUACUACAACGCUGUGCCCAUGUCCAGGACUGUUCCGUUUGGAAACAUAUCUGACAGACUGGCUCUGAAAAAAAAUCUAUCGUGUAAACCGUUCAAAUGGUUCAUGGCAAAUGUCUAUCCUGAAUUGAAAGUCCCUACCUCCGUUGAUUUGUACGUUGGAAGUUUGAGACAAGGAAAUUGGUGUUUAGAUACGUUGGAAAAUCAAAUCGGCCACACAGCCGGUCUCUACCCGUGUCACGAUUACGGUGGCAAUCAGGAAUGGACAUUAACAGUUUCUGGUUCUAUCAAGCACGGCACUACAUGUUUGUCACCAGUUGAAUAUUCUUCUCUGAGUUUAAUUUUUAUGAAACCUUGUGAUUCUUCUACUAAUGAAUGGAAAUAUGAUGAAAAUACGAAACAGUUAAGAUUAAAAGCUGUGAACCUUUGUUUGGACACUUUGGGGGCGCACGACACAAUGAGCGUAAAUGUUUGUGAUUCAAUGAAUCCUAAUCAAAAAUGGGAUUAUUUGAUUGCCGCUGAUAUUGAAAAUAUUGCUUGAAUUAAAAAUUGAGAUGCAUUUUAAACGUGUUGUAAAGUUUUUAUUACUUCAUUUAACAUAGUUGGUAAUUAAAACUAUUGUUUUAAUGAUUAAAAAUUAAAUUCCAAAUAAAAAUCAUAAAACUUGUUGUUUUAUUAUUAAGUUUUGUUAUGUGCACAUAAACAAAAUUAUGUUAAUAAACUUUACCUAGUUUACAAUAAAUUAAGAUCAAAUCUCAUAAUUUUUUUUAUAUCUAAAUUGUAUGUUACAAGUUGAUAGUAUGUUAUGUAUAUUCUAAGUAUACUUAUUAUAUUUACCUUGUUUUGUUCUUUUCUUUAUUACUAUUAGAUGAAUAUAUCGACAAGAAUAAAAAUUGUACCCUUUGUAGUAUACACGAUUUAUUUUUCAUGUAUGUUGUAUUUUAUAUUUUGCGAUACUACUACUUGUACUAAUAAAA